AUGGCUCUGAUGUUCAUGGGGCAUACUUUAUUUCUAGCAUUAAUGAUGUUUGCUGUCUUCACUUUUGAAGAAUCUGUAAGCAAUUACUCUGAUUGGGUGACUUUCACAGAAAACGUAGAUCGAUAUGAAAAACAGCAACUUGAAGGUCUUAGCGCUGAGCAGAAGCUGAAAAAAACGGUUCUGCAUCCAAGCUUGUAUUUCGACGCCGAAGAUGUGCAGGCACUGAGGCAGAAGGCUCAUACAAGCCAUUCGCAUCUGUUCAGAGCCAUCAGAAGUGCAGUGAUGGUUAUGCUGUCCAACCCAUCAUACUACCUACCUCCACCCAAGCACGCUGAUUUUGCUGCAAAGUGGAAUGAGAUUUACGGUAACAAUCUGCCUCCUCUAGCAUUUUAUUGUUUGCUGUGCCCUGAAGAUAAAGCUGCGUUUGACUUUGCCCUGGAAUAUAUGGAUAGAAUGGCUGGCUACAAAAACUGGUUGGUUGAGAAUGCACCGGGAGAUGAAGUGCCACUCGGUCACUCCCUAACAGGAUUUGCCACUGCUUUUGACUUCUUGUAUAACUCACUGGGAAAUGAGAGAAGGCAAAAAUACCUGGAGAAGAUAUGGUCUGUAAGUGAGGAAAUGUAUGAGUACUCAAAGGUUCGUUCCUGGGGAAAGCAGCUUCUCCAUAAUCAUCAAGCAACCAACAUGCUUGCUUUGCUUAUUGGGGCUUUAGUUGCAGGGGUGGACAAAGGAUCUCAGGCAAAUAUUUGGAAACACACUGUUGUUGAUGUAAUGGAGAAAACGAUGUUUCUGCUCAAUCAUAUUGUAGACGGGUCUCUGGAUGAGGGAGUAGCUUAUGGGAGUUACACAGCCAAGUCAGUAACCCAGUAUGUUUUCCUGGCUCAGCGCCACUUUGGUAUUAACAACUUGGAGAAUAACUGGCUCAAAGCGCACUUUUGGUUUUACUAUGCCACACUGUUACCAGGCUUUCAGAGGACUGUGGGUGUAGCAGAUUCUAAUUACAACUGGUUUUAUGGUCCUGAGAGCCAGCUGGUGUUCUUGGAUAAGUUUGUCAUGAAGAAUGGAGCUGGCAACUGGCUGGCACAGCAGAUUAGGAAACACAGACCCAAGGACGGGCCAAUGGUGCCAUCCACUGCGCAGAGGUGGAGUACACUACACACUGAAUUUAUUUGGUACGCUGCCGAAAUCACUCCUCAGCCGCCUCCUGAUUACGGUACUGCUAAAAUGCAUGUGUUUCCUAACUGGGGAGUUGUUACUUAUGGGGCUGGAUUGCCAAACAGUCAGACCAACACCUUUGUGUCCUUUAAGUCUGGAAAACUUGGUGGACGUGCUGUCUACGAUAUUGUUCACUUUCAACCGUAUGCCUGGAUUGACGGGUGGAGAAGUUUCAAUCCGGGACAUGAACAUCCUGAUCAGAACUCUUUCACUUUUGCUCCCAAUGGACAGGUGUUUGUAUCUGAGGCUCUUUAUGGACCUAAACUCAGCCACCUGAACAAUGUCUUGGUCUUUGCUCCAUCACCUACGAGCCAGUGCAACCAGCCUUGGGAGGGACAGCUUGGCGAGUGUGCCCAGUGGCUGAAGUGGAUUGGUGAUGAGGUUGGAGACUCAACUGGAGAAAUCAUAACAGCCUCCCAGGCUGGAGACAUGAUGUUUGUGAGUGGUGAGGCAGUAUCUGCUUACACAUCAGCAAUGAAAUUGAAAAGCGUGUAUCGCGUUUUGCUGCUCUUAAAUUCUCAGACCUUGUUAGUAGUAGACCAUAUCGAGAAGGAGGAAGACUCUCCUGUUAAUUCUGUCAGUGCCUUUUUUCAUAAUCUUGACAUUGAUUUUAAAUACAUACCCUAUAAAUUUAAGAACAAAUACAAUGGAGCUAUGAUGGAUGUGUGGGACGCCCACUACAAGAUGUUUUGGUUUGAUCAUCAUGGGAGUAGUCCUGUUGCUAGGAUACAGGAGGCAGAACAAGCUGCUGAAUUCAAAAAGCGAUGGACUCAGUUUGUAAAUGUUACCUUUCCAAUGAAAAACACACUUACAAGGAUUGUUUACCUUUUCUAUGGCCCAUAUGUCAAUGUUUCUAACUGCAGACUCAUAGAUAAUGCAAAAUCUGGAUUUCAGAUUUUGCUCAGUGUCAACAACACUGAAAACACCAUCUCUGUUGUGACUGAAUAUCAGAAUUUAAAGACAAGGUUCGAUUACUUGGGAUUUGGUGGCUUUGCCAAAGUAGUUCAUGAAAACAAAGUGACCAAGUUUGGUCUAGGUACUGCAUCUGUUGAAAAACAGAUAAAAAAUAAUAGGGUGGUUUUCCCAUUUGGAUUCAAAGUGAGCAUAAUUGCAGGGUUAAUUUUGGGUGUUAGUUUGGUCAUACUGGCUUUUCAGUGGCGGUUUUACAUAUCCUUCAGUAAAAUGUUGCGUUGGAUCCUGAUACUGGUUGUCACACUGUGGCUUAUUGAAUUGGUGGAUGUGUGGAGCAUGUGUACUCAGCCCAUCUGUGCAAAAUGGAGCAGUGACAUGACAAGGCUACAACAUGAUAAAGGCAAUAAAGCCAAACAAUUAGAAGGAAACCAUGUUGUUUUGCCAGAUGUGAUCAUUACUGCACUUCCCGCCUCUGGAGCAGAAAUUUUAAAACAGCUGUUUUUCAACAGCAGUGACUUCUUAUACAUCAGAAUACCUACACCCUAUCUCGAAAUUCCUCAGACUGAAUUUGAAAUUGAUUCCUUUGUAGAUCCAUGUGAAUGGAAGGUUUCUGAUGUCCAGAACGGUCAUUUUCGUCUUAUCCAAGGGUGGCUCCAGUCUCUAGUUCGAGGCACAAAAUUACAUUUACAAAACAUUCAUUUGUAUGAAGCCAGCAGAAGUAAAGUUGCUCAGCAUUCUGCCAUAAGCAAGGACAAAAGGAAAAGAUUCAAAAAGAGAGAAUCUCUGUCAGAGCAAAGAAGCAGGGCAAGAGGGAGUCCAGAUAAAGAUGCUGAAUAUAUUAGGGAACUGAGAAGGCACCUCGUCUAUUAUCCUAAUGCACGACCUGUGCUUAGUUUAAGCAGUGGGAGCUGGACGUUAAAGCUUCCCUUCUUUCAGGAAAUCCUAGGACCAUCAAUGAGAGCAUUAUACAUAGUAAGGGACCCACGGGCGUGGAUCUAUUCGAUGUUGUACAAAAAUAAGCCAAGCCUUUACUCCUUGAAAAAUGUUCCACAACGCUUGGCUGCAAUAUUUAAAGGGGAAAAUGGUAAAGGAAAAUGUAGUGUAAAUGAAGGCUAUGCCUUUGAAUAUGAAUCAUUAAGAAAAGAACUUUCAAAUUCUAAUUCAAAUGCUGUUUCUGUCUUGUCCUAUUUAUGGCUAGCAAACACAGCAGCAGCACUGAGAAUAAAUGAGGACUUGCAGCCAACAAAUUAUCAGCUGGUCAAGUUUGAAGAUAUUGUGAGCUUUCCUCAGAAGACAGCUGAAAGAAUUUUUGCCUUUCUUGGUAUUCCUCUUCCUCCUGCUAGUUUAAACCAAAUAUUAUUUGCCACCUCCACCAGUCUUUUCUAUCUUCCUUAUGAAGGGGAAAUUUCACCAAGUAGCAUUCAUGCCUGGAAACAAAACAUGCCCAAUGAAGAGAUUAGACGGAUUGAAGAUAUCUGUUGUUCUCUAAUGGACCACUUAGGAUACCCAAAGUUUAUAGAACAAAUGCUGCCGGUCAGCAGAAAUUUGCACUAA